UCAGGACAGGACUGUCAAACUGCACUAAAAGAGAACAUCUAACUUCCAGACUAACGUGAAUUCGGAAUGUUGUCUUUUUUACUGCAACUUCCUUCCAAAUCCAUAGUCCAGGAAUGCUCUAAAAGCCACAUUAUCUGUUGAGCAGUCGCCAUGUUUUUUUUCUUUUUGCUCCCUUUAUGUGAUAUUUUCUCAUAAAGAACACAACCACUUGAUUCCAUAAUAUUGACCAACGCUCCAUGAGAAAACGAAGAAAGAUGGAUAAUUUAUGAAUUAAUAGUCUGUGGGCACUUGAGAUGUAUUACUUUGAAUGCUGGGCUAUUUUGUUAUCAGAUAUCAGGAAACCAUAAAAAAAUUCUCUGCUUCUAAAGCUCAGUGUUAACAAAAAAAUAAAAGGGAGCGAGCGAGAGAGAGAAAGUUAGAUUUGGUUAUGAAAUUUCAAACUUAAUUCAGAUGUGUUUUUUCCCUAAGAGUACCCCCCUUCGAAAUCUCCCCCCAUGCACUUAAUAUUUUCUCUCCUUCUUCUAAGCCAUCUCAUAUUUAGAAUUUUCAAGACUUACUUUCAAUGCAGACUUAGUUUCAACUGGGGAAUCAACACAAGCAAAAGCAAUUUUUCCCUUUCUUGACAUCUAGCUUCCUAUUGGCUCAAAUCAGGUCAGCUGACUUUGUCAUUUUGUCUGUCCUGGAGUAGAGCCUUCCCUAUAACAAUCUAGUUCAGACUACAAACUGGAGACAGAAAUAAAUAUUAAAGAAAUCAUACACCCAGGUAUAGAGGAAGAUAUGAAUUCCUAUUUUACAAACCCAUCGUUAUCUUGCCAUCUAACCAGUGGCCAAGAUGUGCUACCCAAUGUAGCUCUCAAUUCAACGGCUUAUGACCCCGUCAGGCAUUUUUCUACCUAUGGAGCAGCCGUUGCUCAAAACCGGAUUUACUCUUCUCCUUUUUAUUCACCGCAAGAUAAUGUUGUGUUUAGUUCCAGCCGAGGACCAUAUGACUAUGGAUCUAAUGCUUUUUACCAAGAAAAAGACAUGCUUUCUAGCUGCAGGCAAAAUUCUAUGGGACACAAUACACAGACUUCAAUUGCACAGGAUUUUACCAGUGACCAAAACAGGAACACUUCGCAAGAACAAAAAACUAGCAUUCAAAUAUAUCCAUGGAUGCAGCGCAUGAACUCCCACAGUGUUUGCUUUGUUUCUGAAUCCCUAGGAGUCGGCUAUGGAGCGGAUCGUAGAAGGGGUCGCCAGAUCUAUUCCCGCUACCAGACCCUGGAACUGGAAAAGGAAUUCCACUUCAAUCGCUACUUGACAAGGCGGAGGAGGAUUGAGAUCGCCAAUGCACUUUGCCUAACGGAGCGUCAGAUCAAAAUCUGGUUCCAGAACAGGAGGAUGAAAUGGAAAAAAGAAAGUAACUUGAGUUCCACUCUGUCUGGGGGAGGCGGCGCAGGCGCCGGGGCAGCUGCAGAUAGCUUGGGUGCAAAGGAAGAGAAGCGAGAAGAGACAGAGGAGGAAAAGCAAAAGGAGUGAAAAUUGACGGCUCAGCCCCUCAUGCCCCCCCCCACUCCCCACCCUCACCCCUCUCCACAUACGCGCUAUAUUUAUCACUGGCACAAGUUAUAGGUUUGGCUACAUUAAAAAAAAUUAAGAGCCAAACGUGGACAUGAAAGACAGACUCCCCUCCCCCCACUCACCCCCCACUCCCCAAUAUUCAGUUCAUAACUUGCUCCACAAUCCCUUUUAGGUUUUGACUAUAAACCCUCACUCAGCCCCCAUCUUGCCUAUUUAUCUAACUUUGAACACAGUUUUCUUCCUAAAAAGAAACUGGCUUGCAGGAGGCAGAACAAACACCCUGUAGUGUUGCCUAGUUGUGUUGGGAUGAUCCUUGUAAGAUGGACUCUAUGCAGCUGUUUUAUUAUUAUUAUCAUCAUCCAGAAAGCGAGUUUCCCACCAUGUUGAAAAUAAUCCCCUGAAAUCUCUUUCCACGUAAAUAUAGCAUUUUCAAGAGUAACCUAAUUGUAUUUAAACAAUACCUGGGCUCAUCAUUGCAAACUGUGACAGUUUCUGUGUGAAUAUUUUUAGCUGUAUUUGUGGUAUCUGUAUUUAUAUUUCUGUUUAGCACUGUAAUGUUCAACAGUAUAAAGUGAAUGGAGGUC